AAUCGCGUCUUCAGUGUCAGUCAGCUAAAACAACAUUGCUGGUGAAAACAACGAAGGCUUCCGCAUCGCAUCCCGGAUUAAUCUUGCUGAAAAAACGGGGACUUAAAUUCCGAAGCAGCUAUCAUGGAGAUGGCAAGGAAAACGUGGGAGAUGGAGAACAACAUAGUCGUUCUCCCGCCGAGUGACGAGAUAUUUCGCUACGAUGCGGAACAGCAGCAGCGCAUCCUGACUGCCCGGCCCUGGGAGAAGGAUCCGAACUUUUUUAAGGACAUAAAAAUUUCCGCCCUGGCACUGAUCAAAAUGGUGACGCACUCGCGCUCCGGUGGUGCGCUCGAGGUGAUGGGACUGCUGCUGGGCAAGGUGGUCGACGACACGAUGGUGGUGAUGGACGCGUUCGCCCUACCGGUCGAGGGCACCGAAACGCGGGUCAACGCUCAAUCGCAAGCGUACGAGUACAUGGCCGCGUACAUCGAAUCGGCCAAGGAGGUGGGCCGCAUGGAGAACGCGAUCGGAUGGUACCACAGCCAUCCCGGGUACGGUUGCUGGCUGUCCGGCAUCGACGUCAACACGCAGAUGCUCAACCAAAACUACCAGGAACCGUUUGUGGCGAUCGUGAUCGAUCCGGUCAGAACCGUAUCGGCCGGUAAGGUGUGUCUCGGUGCAUUCCGCACCUAUCCCAAAGGAUACAAACCACCGAACGAAGAGCCGUCAGAGUAUCAGACAAUUCCGUUGAGCAAAAUCGAAGACUUUGGCGUGCAUUGCAAGCAGUACUAUCAGCUGGAUGUAACGUACUUCAAGUCGGCCCUCGAUCGAAAGCUGCUUGACUCGCUGUGGAACAAGUACUGGAUGAAUACGCUGGGCAGCUCCGGACUGCUGAGCAACCCGGACUACACCACACGGCAAAUUUUGGACCUUUCGGAAAAGCUCGAGCUUAGCGAGGCAAGCCUCGGACGGGGACAGUUCAUGGCAAGCGGUUCGCUCGAUCCGAACGAGAAACGCACGGAGGAUAAACUAUCAAAGGCUAGCCGCGAUUGUAGCCGCGCCUCGAUCGAACUCAUUCACGGGCUGAUGGCGCAAAUUUCGAAGCACAAACUGUUUAACACGAUUAACACCGGCGAGGCGAAGGGUGCGGAAAAUACUGCCUGAGCAAACGGCGUAUUUUAUAUCGAAGCGAUUCUGAAGGUUUGAAUAAAUGCCCCAACCUUUGCGGCAGGCGCAUUUGUCGGA